GUGACGCAUUCACAGAAGUCAACUUUACCAAGAUCGCCGAACUCCACCACGUCGGGUUUCGCAUCGUACGUCAGGGGAAGGUAAUCAAUCUCGCCAACUAUCAUGUUCAGCCGUUGCUGCGCGCUCUAUAGGAACUUCUUCGCUCGCACCUUUCAAGGUGGCAUGGGCACGAAUGUGAAGCGUCCAUACCGCAUCGACAUCCGCAUGGAGCACGACAAGAAGCGUCGCAUGCGUCGCCGCAACAUCGGCACGCGUCGCAUGAUGAAGUCAUAA